UAGGGUUUGAUGAUUCGAUAUCAUUUGGUUUUGACCCUCAUUCACUUUGUCAGUGGGAAAGGUCACUGGGGAAAACACUGAGCUGGAUAAGGCGUAGGCAAAUGCAGUGUGAUGGAGGAACACGACGACUGGAGAUGCAAACGCAGAACUUCGUAUGAAGGUAGUGAGUUUAUUGGAGAAUGGCGUUUGUGAAGAGCGGAUGGCUGCACAGACAAAGCACCAUCUUGCGGCGCUGGAAGAGGAACUGGUUUGACCUCUGGUCAGAUGGGCGUCUGGUCUUCUACGAUGACCAGCAGCGGCGGGACAUGGAAGACGAGAUCCACAUGAAGGUGGACUGCAUUAACAUCCGCAACGCCAGCGCGUGUAGAGAUCUCAUGCCACCUGAAGGCAAGAGCAAAGACUCCCUCCUGCAGAUCGUCUGCCGGGACGGUCGGGUCAUCAGCAUCUGCGCAGACAGUGCAGACGAUGCUUUGGCUUGGACCAUGGCCCUCCAGGAUGCUAGACUCAACACUAUUGUGCAGCAUCCUCAGGUUGGUUUUGCCGAGGACAUCGUAGCAUCAGCUCCUCCACCCUAUUCUGAGUUAAACCCAACUCCACAGGUUUUCUGUCCUGAUGGAUAUGGCGGUUAUGUUCCUCAUCCUCCUCCUUAUGCCACACAGAUGGUCUACUCAGCAGAUGGGCAGCAGUAUGCAGUUGCCUACCCGUAUCUUUAUCAAGGCGGAUACACACCCGGCGUCAACCACGUCAUAGUGCAGGAGCGUCGCCGUGACGACACAGGUGACGUUGCUCUGGGGAUGUUGGCUGGUGCUGCGACGGGAUUGGCCCUCGGCUCCCUGUUUUCAGUAUUCUAAUGUGUUUUUGUGAACCCAGCCCAACCCCACCUGACCUACAGUGCAGGAGACCCUUCCCGUGUUGUUUUAACUUUCCCUUUACGCCUCGUAAUGCGCAGGUCUUAUAAUGUAGCCGGGCUGGGCAAAUAUUCAUUUACUUUUCUAUAAUUGUCUUUGUACCAAAGUUUAUGUAAUUUGGAUUAGGCACCAACAAACGCGUUUGCUUUGCAAAUUUAAUCUGUAGCAUACAAAGAUAUACACUAAAAUAUUGGCGGCUAGUCUUAAGAUAAGGAUAAUCAGUGAGGUUUAAAGAUCAGCUGCAGAAACACAAAGUGUCUGUUGUUGAGUCCUUGAUGAAAUGAAUGAUGUUAGUUCUAAUUAGAAAUGAAACUGUUUUAAAUGCCAUUUGCAGCUGCAAAGCCAAAAUUGUGCUGAAUUAAAUGUUUGUGACGGUCUCGUUUAAAAGGAAUAGCUCACUCAAAAAUGAAAAUUCGGUCAUAAUCUUAUUCUCAUAAAAUUUCUUUAAAAAA